AAACGCGUAUCAAAACCGUGACCACUGCUCUACUUCUCUCUCUCUCUCUCUUUUUUUUUUUUUCCUGCUUUCCGCCACUUUACCCCUUCACUCACUCUCUCCUUUCUUUUUUUGCCUUCUUCGCAACGGCCGACUCUUCCAAUUUUCUCUACAUAUAAACAAAGAUAAAAAGCUUUUCUUUUUCAAUCGCUCACAUUAUCAAUCACUGUUUUUGUUUUAGUUUCGUUUUUCGUUUCUUUUUCUUAGCCGCCAUGGGAGUGGACUACUACAACAUACUGAAGGUGAAUCGGAGCGCGAGCGACGAAGACCUGAAGAAAGCGUACAGGAAACUGGCGAUGAAGUGGCAUCCGGACAAGAAUCCGGCGGUGAACAAGAAAGAGGCGGAGGCUAAGUUCAAGCAGAUCUCCGAGGCUUACGACGUUCUCAGCGACGCUCACAAGCGUAAGAUCUACGACCAGUACGGCGAGGAAGGACUCCAGUUCGCCGAGGGGAAUAAUUCGGCCUCGUUCCGGUACAAUCCUCGUGACGCUGAUGAUAUUUUCGCCGAGUUCUUCGGCGGAUCUCGCGCCGCCGACGAUCGCGCUGGCCGGUACGGCGACGCCGCUGCCGGUAGAAGUCAGUUUAAUUUGAAUAGCAAUAAUCAGAGUCAUAAUCGCAAUCAUAAGAAUAACAAUAGUAAUAAUAAUAAUGUUGUUAAUAAAAAUAAGAAAGCUGAGGCGAUCGAGAGCAAAUUGGUUUGUAGUCUGGAGGAUCUUUACAAAGGUUGCAGGAAGAAGAUGAGGAUUUCGCGUUUGGUUCCUGAUGAGUUUGGUAUGCCCAAGUCUGUUGAAGAAAUAUUAAAAAUUGAUAUCCAACCUGGUUGGAAGAGGGGCACUAAAAUCACCUUCCCUGAGAAAGGCAACCAAGAACCUGGUAUUAUUCCAGCUGAUUUAAUAUUUGUGGUGGAUGAGAAACCUCAUGCUAUUUUCAAGAGGGAAGGAAAUGAUCUGGUGGUUAAUCAGAAAAUAUCACUGUUGGAGGCUCUCACAGGGGCGAGUUUUAAUUUGGCAACCUUGGAUGGCAGGAAUCUUACAUUCCCAGUGACUGAUAUUGUAAAACCUGGCUAUGAGAUGGUGAUCCCAAAUGAAGGAAUGCCCGUCUCGAAGGAACCCAGCAAGAGAGGAAACCUUAUAAUUAAGUUUGAUGUUAUUUAUCCUUCAAGGCUCUCAUCAGAACAGAAAUCUGACUUGAGGAGGGCGCUGGGCGGAUCUGAGAGCUAGUUCUGUUUGAGGCUAGGCUUAUAAAUAUCCAGUAACUUUGAUUGACAGUUUAAGGUCAAGUUAAAUGUAAAUACGUUGUUUCACUAAUAAAAAUGAAGAUUGUGCAUAUUAGGAAGGAAGUUUGGAGGGAUGGCAUUUUUGUUGGUAGGUUUGUUGGUAGCAUAAUGUAGCGUAGGAAGAACUAGCAUCCUCAGCUACUGCCUUAGCUGCCAGUUGCCACAAGAAGACUUUGGUUUAUUUAAUUGAAAUUCGUAUGCUAGGAAUGUAAAGAUAGUUUUCUAAAUGUGCAGUCACAAGAACAUUUUAUAUUGAUGUAUUUUGGAAGUUAUGUAAUCCAAUGCAUCCACAGAUUUCACAUCAACUAUAAGAUUUUGCUUUUUUUUCUUUGAAUGAUCUACCAGAAAUCACUAUU